AAUUUUUGCACAGGAAGUCAGUGCAACUUAAAUCUUGAGCGCAGACGCAAGAGGACGCGUGAUGAGGAGUACAAUUUCAGCAAAAUUAAACAACAAGUUGGACUGAAAUUAAUGAAGCAGUCAGCACUCAACAGUGCGCGUUCAGCAUCAACGCAGUCGCUCUCGGCUAACAACAGAGUCUUUCAAAAAGCUUAUGGCCCCACACUGAGAUUUAUCAAAAUUGAAAUUAAAAAAAAAAAUGUGCCCCUGUUGAGUCUGAUUGGUGGAAACACCCCACCCUAGUCGCUGAUGUGCUCUUUUCCUACUGAAAACAGUCGUCUCGCUGAGCUCCAUAACAUCAUGACGUGGCAUAAGAAACUGCUCGAAGGAAGCAUAAUAUUAUGCUAAUUUCAUCCCGUGGGCAAGGAUUAUAGAAGAGAAACAUCCGUUAAAUAAAUUGAGGAGACAAAUCGGACCGUUAAUUUUGUUCAACCCUUCGAGUCUAAACGAAGUAUAAAAAUAAUGCUGAAUACACGCCGCGAGCUGCGUUUGCAACGUGCCCGUUUAGAACUGUACAAAAAACAAGAAGAGAAACCUAAAAACAAAAGAUGCAACUUUUGCCACAAUUGGACAAGUCGCGUCCGCGAUCACCAAAAGCUGCGCCAGUGCGAGGAGUGCGGCGAGAUUUUCCUCUGCUCCUUUUUCGCCAAGAAACACGUGGCUUGCAGCGCCGCUCGCUUCAGGGUGGUCGGCGCCAAAUUGGACAAGAUCUGCAAACUGCGGCGGUGCCGCUUCUGCCUCGACUUUUUCAAGUCGAGGAAAAUCCACGUCCGGGCGGAUUUGUGCAAAGCUUGCGGUAAAGAGAGCGAGUGUCAGGGACUGACCAAGAUUCACGCGAAACAGAGGGUUUGUGAAAUUUGCUCGUUCACAAGUUCGUGCCUGGAGGAGCACAAGACCCACUCGUGCUUCAAAAUGAAAAUGGAAAUUUCAAGCCAGAAGAAGAAGAAGUUGUGCGUUUUUUGCGCGACUUUCAGCGGCACAGAGGAAGAUGUGGAGAUGCACUCGCGCAAAAAGUUCUGUCCUAGGUGUGGUUUUGCACAGCCGUGCGACACCCUGCUCGAAACGCACCUUAAUAUGUGUCGUUUUACGGACAAAUUGGGACUUUCAUAAAAAAAAUUCAGAAAAACUUUAGUUUUUACCUUUUCUAAAUAAUUUUAAUGGAACAAAUGAUCAAAAAAAUUGAAGACGUGAGAAUUAAAAUUAAUUGUAGCUUUAUUGUUAUUAAAAAUUGCUAGGAAAAUGUAAGUUUUUUAAAUUGUAGACCAAAAAUAUCAACAAUUUGAAUGUAUAAAAUGCGAUAAAAUGUAUGUAUGUAACAAUUUGGACAA